AUGAAAAAUAUAAUUGCAGCCACAUUGACGUCAUUACUAAUUUGUGUUGGUUUCUACCAAGUAAAUUUAGAUUCUGAUUCUGAAUUCGAAAGAUGGGCUUUGAAACAUGGAAAACGCUAUUUUGGUGAUGAGAAAACAUACAGAUAAUCCAUUUAUUUUUAAAAUAAAUAAAUGAUAGAUGAACAUAAUAAAAGAACCGAUGUUACUUAUUUAAUGGGAGAAAAUCAAUUCAUGGCUAUUACAAAUGAAGAAUUUGUUGGUCUUUAUUUGAAUCCAUUAUCACCCGAAAAAUAAAAUGAAUAAGACUAAAUCAUAACUAAAACUAAUCCUAAGUCACCUGAACCAAAAAUAGAAUAAAAUUUAAAAGAAGAAUAUGAUUGGAGAGGUUAUGCCCCAGUUAAAGAUACAGGAAACUGUGCUUCCUCUUGGGCAAUGGCAGCAACAAAUGCCAUUGAAGCAUAAUAUGCAAUUGUAAAAGGAAUAAAAGUAACACUAUCAGCACAGAAUGUCAUAGAUUGUGACGGUGAUUGGGUGGGAUGCGAUGGAAUUCCAACUGUAUUUACAUAGCCUUAGUAGGCAUAUGAACAUGCAAGAACUCGAGGGAUUUUAACUGAGUCUGAAUAUCCGUAUGUCGGCAGGAGGGAUUAUUAUUCGUGUUAGUAAUCAUAAUUAGCACCAUGGAAAAUUUUGUCCUACAUGUAGAAUAAUGAUGAUAUAGAUUAUAUGAGGGGUUUCUUAUAAAUUUUAAGGGUACAACCUUUAUCAGUAAGAGUUGAUGCUACUAACUGGUAAUUCUAUAGCUCCGGAGUAUUCUCUCUUUGUAGUUCAUUAUAUAAAAACUCAAAUUAUUUUGCAUUAGCUAUUGGAUAUGAUUAUUCUAACAAGAAUUGGAGAGUUCAAGCAUCUUUUGGAAAAUCUUGGGGAGAAUUUGGAACUAUUAGAUUAGCACCAGGAAAUACUUGUGGUCUGAUAAAUGAAGGAGUUUUUGUGACACUGUUAUGA